UGAAUUCGGAGCGACAAGGCUGUCCUUGACCACGCUUUCGUCCUCAUUGUCAACUGUCCUCAAAAUACGCAAUGCACCGAGCUGAACCCGUGACAUCGCAUCAAUAGAUCGUCAAAGCACGAGCAACUGUGAAGACCUCCAGUGUGGCUAGAAGUAAUGGUGUGUGCUCGUAGUUGGUGGCUUUUCACAUCCUGAUUUCCACGUUGAGAGAUUGAAUCACAGGAGGUGGGAAGGAGAUUGCUGUUCCAUUGAAAGAUGCCUGUGAUCGUGAAUGGAGAUUAUGUGGAAACCUCGAAUGGCAAAGUGGUGAACACAAUUAGUGACGAUAGUGACGAUGAUGGUGGCGAGGAGGGGGAAGAAGAAGUUGAAUCAAUAUCUGCCUCUUUAGUUUUGGAAGUGAUUAAUAGAAAACCUGAUGGAACUACCGAUGUCAAAGUCAAUGGCAAAGUCACUCCAACGCUCUCGAGGAAAAAUAGCGUGCGAUCCCGAAAAACGAGCCAGAACCAACGUUUCGGUGCCUACGAUGUCCAAAGAUCCGUUUCCAACACAUCCAUUCCCGAAUAUCAUCCCAUCAGUUUCGAUCGCGUCUACCACUCAUUGGAGCGGGUGCGCAGAGACCGUCUAAGUGCAGACUCCAACAAAACACAAUUCGUCAGUACCCCAAACAUCCUCAUUGAUGUUCCUAAUUCUCAAGGAAUACCGUCCGGUAAAUUUUGGGAAACCCUCUCGCAGCAAACCAAAUUGUGGGUGGAUGGCGUAAGACAUGUCAAAGACGACCUUGUUAGGGACGAGAAAUGGUCCAAUUUGAAGGACAAUUUCGAGUCCGAUCAUGAUAAAUAUAUGGACGACUGCCUAAAAAAUAGCCAAGCUCUCCACGAAGCAACAAAGACCUUUAAAGACACAUUGACUAAUUUGAGGAAAAUCGAGGCUAAAGGCAAGCGGGAAAAUAGACCGUGGUCGCCGUGGAUCCGACGUACUUUGGUAAUGGUUGGCCUUUGUGGGGCACUUUGGGCUACCUUGUACGUUGAAGUGAAACUUCCCGAGGAUUUCCCAGCCAAAUCCACGGCGUGGUUAAAUCGCAUGGAAAUUGCUAAAACCUCAGCUUUAGAUUAUUUACUUCAAGAGGCUGGAAGCCAUUCUGGCAGGACUAAUAUCAUAACCGUAUCGAAUUAAUAGGAAAGCUGAAAUAAAACUCGCCAUGCGAUGAUGAA